AUGACUGAUUCCCGACCUGAUAUCCAGAGCAUUCUGGCUGCGCUCGCAUCUCAGAGGCCACCGACAGGAACACCUACCCAGACACCACCUGGCGCCCCCAACCAGGCAUACCCUCCCCCGCCCGCGUCUACGCAGUCAGCGGCCGCAUACCAGCCGCCGCCUCUGAACUCCGGCAGCUACGGUGCACCCGCCUACAAUGGUCUUCCUGCACCUUCAUCCAGUGGAAACCUCGACCUGAGCUCGAUUAGGCCUAUUAAUUCAGGAACACUCAGUAUUACCGAUGCGAUCGCUCAAGCCAAGGCUUACGCCGCUGAGAAGGGAGUCACAUCCUACGACCGUCCCUUGGUUUAUGCUUCCGAAAACCGAGGGCCCGAUCGAGGAUAUAACCGCUCACGAUCGCGAUCGCCUGCUCGCGACGAGUUUCGUGAUGGCGUGAACCCCUACAGAGAUGAGCGACGUGGUGGCGACCGCGGCUCGCACGGUCGAAGCUAUGAUCGGGAUCGUUCUUAUUCGCCUGGCCCUCGUGGCCGCAAUUUCUCUCCUCGAGGAGGAAAUGGACGUGAGAGAUCUCCGUUGAGAGGGGGAGAUGACAACUCUGAAACUAUUCAGAUUGAGUCAAGCCUGGUAGGCCUUAUUAUUGGCAGACAAGGCGAGAACCUGCGACGCAUAGAAGCAGACUCUAACUGUCGUGUCCAAUUUUUGGCCCCAACUGAUGGUGGUCCGGGUCCUUAUAGACAGUGCAAAAUCUCUGGGCCAAGACAUCGCCGUGGUGAAGUAAAGGAUGCGAUCAAUCGCAUCAUAGAGGACAGCGGCAUGGGUGCCCUUAAUCGCCCCGAGAAGCCCCGUGAUCCAAACAAGGGUGGCGCGACCGCUCUACGUGAAGGAGAAGACCACAUGCAGAUCAUGGUCCCCGAUAGGACAGUUGGUUUGAUCAUUGGACGUGGUGGUGAAACUAUUCGUGAUCUCCAAGAACGCUCCGGUUGUCAUAUCAAUAUUGUUGGUGAAUCCAAAAGCGUGAAUGGAUUACGACCCGUCAAUCUUAUUGGUACGCGCGAAGCUGCUGCUCGUGCCAAGGAUUUCAUUAUGGAAAUCGUUGACAGUGACAGUCGGGGCGAUGCGCCUCCACCUGUCAAGAAACUUGGUGGUGGUGGUGGACCAGCUCCCGGUGGCCGCCAUGAGGGCUCUCAGCAAAGGGACGUGGGUGGUUCCGGCGGCCCUGAUAAGAUCAAUGAUGCUGUUUAUGUGCCUUCGGAUGCAGUAGGUAUGAUCAUUGGCAAAGGUGGUGAGACGAUCCGUGAGAUGCAGAACACCACUGGUUGUAAGAUUAAUGUCGCCCAAUCUUCUGGGCCUGGUGAGACCCAGAGGGAAAUUGCCUUAAUCGGCUCUCGCGAUAGCAUCGCUCGCGCCAAGCAGGCCAUCGACGAAAAGGUGGAUGCAGUACGACAGAAGGGAAGCGGCCCACGUGGCGGCGGUGGUGGUCGUGGACACCAAGAUCUUGACAGACCCAGCUACUCUCAACAGCAAGCGCCCAGCACACCUACUAACCAGCCCCCUCAACCAGCUUCAGGUGACGGAUCAGAUCCAUAUGCCCAAUAUGGUGGCUACCAAAAUUAUCUUGCACUGUGGUAUCAGUCUUUGAUGUUCCAACAGCAGCAAGGUGGACAGGGUGCCCCUCCUGCCGGUGCUCCUGCACCUGGGGCAUAG